AUGUAUUGUAUCAGAAAAUGCGGUGAAGACUUUUCACUGGAAAAGGAACAGAAAAAAAUCAACCAAAGAAUCAAUGAGACCAUCAAAAGGGAUAAGCGAGAGGCCAGGCGUGAAAUUAAACUACUAUUACUGGGAACGGGAGAGUCGGGUAAAAGUACUUUUGUUAAACAAAUGCGAAUCAUUCAUAAUAGCGAUUAUAAUGAAUGCGAACGAAAAAGUUAUAUUCAAUACGUGUAUCACAACAUUGUUAUCGCUAUUCAAACCAUUAUUAAAGCAAUGAAUACAUUGAAUAUAAAAUAUGAAUACAAUUACAACAUAACAAACUCGGAAUUUAUUGAUAAUAUUUAUGUCGACUAUAAUGCACAGCACAGGGUUGUAAUGACCGACCAAUUGGUGACAGCCAUUAAGGAACUGUGGUUCGACUCGGGUAUCCAAAAGUGUUUUGUCCGACGAAAUGAGUACCAAUUAAGUGAUUCGGCUAAAUAUUACUUCGACUCUAUUGACCGACUUUCCACACCGGACUACAUUCCCACCCGUGAGGACAUACUACGUGUCCGUAUACCGACCACCGGAAUCAAUGAAUACAUGUUUGAGAUCAGUAGCAUAAGGUUUCGGGUGGUCGACGUGGGUGGACAACGAUCGGAGCGCCGCAAAUGGAUCCACUGUUUCGAAAGCGUCACAUCAAUCAUAUUCUUGGCGGCACUCAAUGAGUACGACCAGACACUGUACGAGUGUCAGCAAAACUGUGUCCAAAAUCGUAUGGAAGAAUCGCAGGCACUCUUCCAUACCAUCAUAUCUUGCGAAUGGUUUGCCGAGUCGUCGAUCAUACUGUUCCUCAAUAAGAAAGACUUGUUCGAAGAGAAGAUCCAGAGUUCGCAUCUCAUCGACUACUUUCCCGAAUACGACGGACCGAUCAGAAAUGCACGCAAAGCGCGUGAGUUCGUACUCAAGAUGUAUGUGUCUCUCAACACCGAUAAAGACAUAUUCAGUCACUACACGUGCGUUACGGACACAGAAAAUAUGCGAUUUAUCAUUGAGUCAGUCAAACACGCGAUACUUAAUCGACAUAUCAUUGACUUCAAUAUGGCUUAA